AUGUUCUUCUCUGCUGCUGUCCUUGGCCUUGCCACCGCCGCUGUUGCCGCUCCCGCCAACAUUGUGCCCAACUACCCUCCUCACCAGGAGUCCCAAGGCUUCCGCCUGGUCGUCAACGUCACCGACAAGGCCCUCGACCUCAAGCCCUCCGUCCAGGGCCUGUACGUCAACAGCAUCCACGUCGGCGCUGGCCUCAACGUGGCCGGCGUUGGAGCCAAGGACGUCUCCAACGUCUUCUACCAGAACGGCACCGCCUCUGAGUUCCGCUUCAGCAGCGCCACCACCAUCACCGACGAGGCCACUCCCUUGACUCCCUUCGGCCUCUCCCUGAGCAAGAACACCGACUCCGAGACCCUCUCCUCCGCCUACAUCAACGGCGGCGCUGGCACUCCCGGCGUGCAGAUUUCUCAGUUCCCUGAGGGCUUCCUGUUCCUCGAGCCCGAGACUUUCGUCAUCUGCAACAACCCUCUCCAGUACUACCAGGGCCAGAAGUUCCUCGUCGUCGAGCAGGCCGCCACCACCAUCAGCUCCGACGGCCAGGUCGAGAGGAACCUCCCCGAGGGCUGUGCUCCCGUCCGCCUCCUCCCCGAGUGUGCUCCCCUCGAGCCUCUCCCUGCUGGAUCCUACGCCAGCCACGAGUUUGCCCUCCAGUCUGAGUGCUACGCCGAUGUUGCCUCGAUCAACUGGAGCCUGUACGGCCCAUAA